AGAUCCAAUGUUAUGGAACCGGCAUUAUGUUUCGAUAGUUUGUCCACUUGAAAAAGUAUCUACUCUAAAGAAUGAAGAUCUAUGCCAGAAUCUUUUAGUGCUUUCGUUUUUUUUGUUUUUGUACAAAGUGAAUAUGUCAAAGACCGUGGUGGUGUGUAGUUAGUGUUAAGCUGAAAGCAAUUACAAUUGCGAAUUAUAAGUGCGAGUCUCGAUGAAUCGUUAUGAAUUAUUAAUAACCAAGUGGUUAUAGUUCGAAUCACGACAUGGCAUCCCGCAGAUGGUUUCAUCCCAAUAUAUCGGGCUUAGAAGCAGAGCAUUUAUUAAUGGAACGAGGUUAUGAUAGUUCAUUUUUGGCACGUCCAAGUUCAUCUAAUCCUGGUGAUUUUACAUUAUCUGUUAGACGAAACGGCGAAGUAACUCAUAUUAAAAUACAAAAUACAGGAGACUUCUAUGAUCUUUACGGCGGUGAAAAAUUUGCAACUCUCUCUGAACUUGUACAAUUUUAUAUGGAAAACGGAGGACAGUUGCGUGAAAAAAAUGGAGAAAUUAUCGAGUUGAAAUAUCCGUUAAAUUGUGCAGAUCCAACAACCGAAAGGUGGUUCCAUGGCCAUUUAUCAGCUAAAGAAGCAGAACGUUUAAUGCUGGAGCGGGGUAAAAAUGGAUCAUUUCUGGUUCGUGAAUCUCAAAGUAAACCUGGUGACUUUGUAUUAUCCGUGCGUACAGAUGAUCGUGUUACACAUGUUAUAAUACGAUCUCAGGAUAAUAAAUACGACGUCGGCGGAGGUGAUAAAUUCGACAGUCUGAGCGAUUUGAUAGAACAUUAUAAACGUAAUCCAAUGGUUGAAACAAGCGGAAGUGUUGUCCAUUUAAGGCAACCUUUCAAUGCUACUCGUAUAAAUGCUAGUGGCAUUAAAAGUAGAGUGAGACAAUUACAUAAAGAAAACGGUUGCACGAAUGGAUGGUUAUGUUGGAAUGGAGCUACAAGUAGUAACGAAGUAGGAGCUGGGCGCGGUAAAGGAAAAGCAGGCUUCUGGGAAGAAUUCGAGUCGUUACAACAGUUGGAAUGUCGUCAUUUAUUUUCAAGAAAGGAAGGUUUACGUCCUGAGAAUCGUGCAAAGAAUCGAUAUAAAAAUAUUUUACCAUUUGAUCACACAAGAGUGCGGUUGAAAGACGUUGAUUCAAGUAUUCCUGGAGCUGACUAUAUUAACGCUAAUUACAUUAGGAAUGAAGAAGGAGAUGGUCAAACCGGUGGUGAUGGUGGAUUAUUUACCAAGUGUUACAUAGCAACGCAAGGUUGCCUCCCAAAAACAGUACCAGAUUUUUGGCAUAUGGUAUAUCAAGAAAAUACAAGAGUAAUAGUUAUGACUACUAAAGAAAUGGAGAGGGGAAAGAAUAAGUGCGCUCGCUAUUGGCCAGAAGAGGGUGAAGUUGCGGAAUAUGGUAGCGAAUGGAAAGUACGCGCCUUGUCUCGUACUUCAACUGCAGAUUAUACAUUACGAGAAUUUUUAUUACAUGGAAACAAACCAUGUUUCGCAGAGUCCAGAAGGAUUUUUCACUAUCAUUUUCAAGCAUGGCCUGAUCAUGGUGUUCCAUCAGAUCCUGGAUGCGUGUUAAAUUUCCUUCACGAUGUUAACGCAAGGCAAGAAUCAAUUGCUGGUUCUCUUACUUCGGGUGGUCAAAAUGUAUCGAGUAUGAUAGGACCAAUUCUUGUACAUUGUAGUGCUGGAAUUGGUAGGACUGGAACAUUUAUUGUUAUCGAUAUGAUUCUUGAUCAAAUCAAGCGGCAUGGUCUGGACUGUGAAAUUGAUAUUCAGAGAACAAUUCAAAGAGUACGCUCGCAAAGAUCGGGAAUGGUUCAAACUGAAGCACAAUAUAAAUUUGUUUAUCUUGCUGUGUUACACUACAUCGAAACAGUAUCGCAGCGAAUGCAAGCAGAACAGAAAUCUCUUCAUUUAGGUAGAGAAUAUACUAAUAUUCGCUACAAAAGCGAAUCAAAUGCUACUACAAAUAUGGGCGAUAUACCGGUUUCUACAUGUACUACAACACCUCUUCCAACAUCAGCACAUUUUACAUUACCCACUCCUAUUAAUAGUCUGAGGCCAAAGUAAUUAUCAUUAACAUCAUCUCUGAUCAAGAUUUUUCAAAAGCAAUGAAGAGGCUUCGUUACUCUUGUCACAUGUGGUUUUAAACAUUGAUAUUCUGUAACGUGCUCUGUUUGUAAAAAUUUAAUUUUCGUUUCAUUGAAUUGUUUCUAGUAGUUCUCAAAGUAUAUAUAAUUGCAAUGUAUUUACACGCAGUGCAUGGUCUCAAUUUUGAAACUAUGAAUAUAGGUACCGAUUGCAUAUGCAUAUACACGUAAAAGAUUACGAUUCUACCAUUUCACGAUCGAAUUUUAGAAAUUGUAUUAUGGGAAAAUGGAGAAUAUUUUUAUUGCAAUUUAAUCUCGGAAUUAAUACAAAAUUUUAGUAAUAGUUAUAUCAAAUAUAAUAGGGAUAUAUAAUUGCUUUCAUAUCAUUAUUUCGCUAUCUUUUGAAGCUGUUUGAAAUUCUGGAAUAUACGAGCUUCUUGAAAAAUGCGACGAGACAAUUCCAAAUAUUCGAAGUUAGACAAGCUCGAAUGUAUACCAGGAAAUUCUGUUUCUUUCAAAUGUCUCUCGAUUUCUUUCUGAUCGUCUAUAUUUAGUCGCAGUAUCUUAGGCUUUUUUGCAAAACAUGUUUCUUUCGUCUACUUAAAAACUUGGCUUAUGUCGAUCGUACACAAGAGUCUCAGAAAAUUGAAAAGGUUUCGAAGAAGUCUCAGUUUGCAUUCGGGUCUUGCUUCGUCCGUAUUACGAAACAAUAUUUCCCGUUUUUCUUUUUUAUUCUUCAUCAAAUAUUGAUUUGAUAACAGAUUUAUCUCAAUAGCUAUCAUUUUUCAUGUUUAUUUUUAAGGAAUAUUAGGAACACUUCUUUAUUACGGUAAAUAUAAAGAUUUUCUUGGAUAUACGACGAAUUUCCACAAUUUUCAUAGGUUUCAGGUGUAAUAUUAUAUAUUGUGCCUCAAAACAUAUUAGAUAUUUGCUUUUAUUGUGAUUAUAUAACUGUACAAAUUUGUCUAGUAAUAUUUAGGACUGAUUUUUAUAUAGAAUUUUUUUAAAAAAAUAUUUUUUCAAGAAUGCGAAACAUUUAUUAUUUGUAAAUUUUAAUACAUUACAGGCAGGACACACAAAGAUGAUAUACGUACAAUUUUACACGUUUUUAAGUAUAUAUAAACGACUUUUGUAUUGCAACUUGUUAUUUUUAAUAAUUGUACUUAAUUAAAGCAUUAUUCGUAUUGAAAUUCCUUCGAUAGGUUGUAAAAAAAAUUGUAUACUGAAUAAUGUAACUAAAAAGGACAGUCAAUUUUUGAUCGAAAUCUAUGCACUUUAAUAGAUACCUAUAAUCAAGCUUUAUAGUUUCUCGAUGUUUCUCAAUUGUUUUCGUACAAAUUAUUUAAUGACUUCAAUUCUAUAUUCUAAAUAUUUUCGUUAUAUUCACCUGUAAAGUUAAGUAAGCUUAUGUAGAAAUGAAAAUUUUUGCUAUUACAGAUUUUCUAUAAUGCUUGUACUUUGUACGUAACUUUAAAAAUUUGUAUACAAAUACAUUUUACCACGUUCACAAUUACUCAGUUAAGUAACCGUUUGUCACAGACCACGUCACAUUUGUACUAGUAAAUCGUACUAAAUAGACUAACUAAAUAUUUCGAAUAAUGUAUGAGAGUGAGCUAUAGAUUAUACUUCAUUUAUUUAUACGAAUAUAAAUAGAUAAUACAUAUUGCAUUAUAUUACUCUUUUAAUAAUAUUUUAUCUAUACAUUUUUCAAGUACAUACAUAUGUAAUCAAUGAUUGUAUUAGAACUUUAUUUACGAAGUAUACAUCUGAGUGGGUCCUGCCUUGCAAAUUAAAUCGUAAAUUUGAUAUUUUUAAAGUUAUUUUAUUACAUUAUUUUGAAACCAAACAACAAUUGCUUUAUUAAAUGUGUAGUAUAUAUUUAGAAUUGUUAAAGUUAAUCCGAAAAUUAUAUCGAUUUUUUUUUUACGUAAUGUUAUAAAUUUUUGACAAUUGUUUACAUACUACUUAUUUGUUCGGUAAGAAAAUAAAUUGUUUAAUCGAUUACGUCACAAUUUCAAAUUUUUAAAUUUAUUUAUAUCUUUAUAAUAAAUAGCGCGAUUUAUUCUUAUCGAUGUAGUAAGUGUGUAGUAUAUUAGUAUACAUGUUCUUAAACACGAGAAACAAAAAUAUUGCAUUUAUUAUCAGUUUUCAUCUGAUUUAAUGUACUGUAAUUUGUUCUUUGCGAAAUGUAACAUGCUAUUAUUUGGUAUUAUUAUACUUCGUUAUUUUCAAAGGCGUAUGUGAUAAUAAUUGUGGCAUUAAAAAUUUUGUUAUAAAAUUCUAUAUCUGAAUCGACGUAAUAUAAUAUUCACAUUACAUUUUUAAGAUUCUGAUUUUUAUGCACAUCUCGAAUAAUAUAUCGCAUUAAAUAUUAGAGAUUUGUAUGUUCGAUAAUAGACAAUUUAUGAAUUUUCCCUGGUAAUAAUAAACAUACAUGCAUAUAAGACGAAACAGUAAAAUAACUUAUUUGCCUCGAAUGAUGUUCAACUCUUGUAAGGCAAAUAAUCAUUUGUAUGCAGAAUAGUUAUCUAUCAAACAUGUUUUGUUACAAUUUAAAGAUUCUGUAUAAUACUAAUUAUAGUGUUAAAUACUUCAUUAUAAAAACAGUAUAAUAAAAUGUUAUUAGGAAGAA